AUGAAUCAUCUUUCAACUUCCGCUCCUUCAACAUCUAGCACUAGAAUUAUAUCCGGAUCUACCCCUGGUCUGCUCGAUCCUUUGCAAAGUCGGAGAGUCCUUCGCUACUCUCAUUCCAAAUUAUCCUUUGCCUACCACGACCCGCGAACAGCCUCAGCUCAUCACGCAACUAGUGGCGCUCAUGAUCUAUCUGGAUCGCGACGCGUUGUGAUAGAAAUGACGGGAGAUAUUGCUACAUGGAAGUUCGUGCCAAAGGCGUUACUGGAACAAGGUGUUGUGGAUGAAGGUCAAUGGCCUAGGGUGGUUGACAUUUGCGGGGAACUUGUCGAGUGCUCUCAAGACCAGUGGGAUAUCUACAAACUCGACUGCAAGUACGAGUGCCGUGUACGCUUACCACCUGCAUUGUCUACGAUCACCCUAGCAACUCCUUCCAUUUCGAGUACAAAGCAGGAAGUACCUCAUAUCAACGGAAAGCACCAGAAUGCUACAAUAGAUAACACUUUCCCGCGACUUGUCCCAAGGAAAAAGUUUCAUCGACGUGAUUCUCCCCUUACAUUUCACUUGAGUCUGUCUGAAGAUGAGAUAGACGAAAGCGAAGUCGAGGAGAUGAUCGUGGACCAGCCACCUGCCAGAUCAAGAUCCGCUGCCCCAGGCUCCAAUGGCCGUUCCAAACGAUUUCGAGAACAGAUCAGCAGGAAUAGGCAAGCAAGGAGAGAGAGACUAGCGCGAAGAGCAGAGAAAUUGGCUCAGCAGGAUGAGGUACUCCUAUCCACCAGUCACGAACAACCAAUUCAUGGGGAUGAGAAUUCUUCCCCAGAUGCUCAAUCCAAACGCAAAGUCACGAGUCUAUUCCCAUUCCAUGAUACGCACUACGUGAACCCCACCGAAGAAGAGCGCAAUAUGAAGUACUACGAACACACAACCAAUUCUAAAAGAGCCAGAACCCUAUCGCCGAUGACCGCGAAACGAGAUUUGGACGCGAAACGUCAUCGGCGAGCGAAGCAAAAGCAACGUUCGAGACAAGCAAAGAUACGUGAUCGAAGAGAACGAUGGAACGAACAAUUCAUGCGCGAAAUCUUUGCGGAGGUACCAGAGCUUAGAGAGACGCGGCAGAAUGACCCCAAUAACGAGUCGGAUGAAGAUGAAGAUGAGGAGGAACAAGAAGGAGGAGACGAAAGUUCCGGCGAGAGCGAGAGCGACGCCCCAUUCCAAUCUUGGGACGAGGUAGACGAAGCCGCUGCCAGGGAAGCUGCAAUCGCAGAAUCACGGAGAAAGCUGGCUGAACUUGAAAAGGAUCGGCCUCUCUGGGAGGCGGAAGCUCACAAGCGCGCAUUACGUGAGAAGGCUGAGGAAGAAGCCGCGCGGUUGCGUCGUGAACAGAAUCGAUGGGCAGAAGGGCGAUUUGCCGAAACUCAGAGGCAAAAGCGGGCGGAAGAGGCCAGGAAACGCCAAGUGGAUCCUCGCGUGCAUGAGGAGCGUGUUAGGCGGCAGCGAGAAAAGUAUGCGCGAGACCGUUGGUCCUACGGAAUCUGGACGAAUCAACGAGCACUAGAACGCUACAAAUCGCUUUGCGAGUCAUUCGACAGCACCAAGUUCUCGGAAGAAGAACCGUUAAUUUGGGAAGCUGUUCCGUGGCCCGUAUUAGACGCACCUCGAGCUUUGACUGUUGAAUGCAUUAGUUGGGAUGCCGUGGAGAAGUUUUUCAACACCGCACAGAGGAGUAUGAGAGAGCAAGAUUUCAAGGUUUUCGUGGAGAAAAGCCACCGCCGUUUCCAUCCCGACAGAUGGAGGGCUAGAGGGAUAUUAAGGACAGUGGCUAAUGAUAUGGACAGGGAUAGUCUUCAACUUGCGGGUAAUACUGUUUCUCAGGCAAUAACACCGAUUUGGAUGAGAGGAAAGGAGCGCUAG